UAGUGAUGUGAAUUUGUGGAGUUGCAGAUAUAUUGUGGGGAAAACAAAUUGCACAGAAGUAGAUAUUAUUGUCAAGAUAUGUAUACCAUGAAUCUGUUCUUCAGUAUUGUCGUGAAUCUGUAAAGUUACAUGAAAAGAGACCAUUUUUCCAAACAAUGGAGCAAAGAGAAAAAAGUUCAGAUACUGAGCAAGAAAUAAAAAGUGACAAACACCAUCACUCUGGCUAUUCAUCUGAUUUUGGCACACCACCACAGUCUUCUGGCCAGUACUCUCCAGCCAGUCCUUCACGUACAGAUUCUAGGGAAACAAUUGCUAAAAAACAAGUAUCAGAUAACCAAGUACAUCAAAAAGUCCCUAGGAAACCAAGCCCUAAGGCUGUACCAACCAAAAAGGGCAGCCGAAUGGGAUUUCGCUCCCAGAGUCUCAAUAGAGAGCCACUGCGGAAAGAUCCUGAUCUUGUUACAAAACGUGUUCUCUCUGCAAGUCUGCUAAAAAUCAGUGCAUUGCAGAAUGAAGUAUGUGAACUCCAGGUCAAGAUAGCUGAGCUGCUAAAAGAAAAUAAGGCUUUGAAAAGGCUUCAGUACAGACAGGAGAAGGCCCUGAAUAAGUUUGAAGAUGAAAAUGAAAUUGCUCAACUUAUACUUCGUCAUAACAAUGAGAUUAUAGUACUCAAAGAACACUUAAGAAAAUCUCAAGAGAAAGAGCGGGCCACAGAGAAGAGAGCAAAAGACACAGAAGGUGAAUUGUCUAGGACAAAGUUUUCCUUACAAAAACUGAAAAAGAUCUCAGAAGCCAGACACCUGCCUGAACGAGAUGAUUUGGCGAAGAAGCUAGUGUCAGCUGAGUUAAAACUAGAUGACACCGAGAGAAGAAUUAAGGAACUUUCAAAAAGCCUUGAGCUGAGUACGAACAGUUUUCAACGUCAGCUGCUUGCUGAGAGGAAAAGGGCAUAUGCGGCUCAGGAUGAAAACAAAGUUCUACAAAAGGAGCUGCAAAGGCUAUACCACAAACUGAAGGAAAAGGAGAGAGAACUGGAGAAUAAAAACAUAUAUUCUAACCGUCUGCCCAAGUCAUCUCCAAAGAAAGAAAAAGAACCUGCUCCAAGAAAGAAUGUUUCAUGCCAGAGUGAUUUUACAGACCUGUGUACAAAGGGAGUACAAACCACUGAAGAUGGACAGGAAGAAUUUUCUAUAAUACCACAGACAAUUAUGGAUUUCAAAAACAAACAGGAGGAAUCAGAACAUCAUUCUUUGAAUCUGGAGUCCCCAGAGCAAGAGGAACACAAGGAACACACUGUUCUGCCUUUACCGGUAGAGGAAGAAGAGUCCGGUGAAGAUCAAGGAGAGCCCAUCGUAGAGCAGGAGGAGGAGAAGCUGGAGAGUGAAUGGGAGAGAGAAGAGAUUGACAAAAAACAAGAUGAAAAGAUACCUUUACUAGAAACAGAAGAAAAGCCAGAGUUGGAAACUGGGCAGUGCCAAAUGGAAAUAUAUCAGCUUCAACAGGUUGACAAAUUAGAAGAAGAGGAAGAAGAAGUCAAGAGGGAAAUGUUCCUUGCUAAACCGAAUGAAAUCAACAAAGAACUCCAAGAUUUUCAGACCCGGAAAUAUCAUUCUGCACCCUUGUUCCCUGAGUUGGAAACAAAACUGCGCGCCCUGGUGAGAAGCACUAAAGCAAACAUGUCCCCUGAACCCUCUGAGAGAUCGUUCAAUGGACAUCAUUUGCAGGACAUCGGUUUUGCAACACCUAAAGGAGAUGCUCUGAAUCCAGGAAACAUUAGAAGUCCAGCAUCUCCAAAUGACUUUUCAUUUGGGAGUUACGUGCCUUCAUUUGUAAAAAUGUCAGGGAAGUCCAAUCCGUGUAGCCAAAAAAGUAGCCUUGUAGAUUUGCCAAAAGACAGUAUGGAUAACUCCAGUAAAGGUGGUGUAGACUUAAUGGCAAGAAAGGAGAGAAAAGCUCACUUGAUAGAGCAACUAUUUGGCGCCCCGUGUAACCAAAAAAGUAGCCUUGUAGGUUUGCCAAAAGACAACAUGGAUAACUUCAAUAAAGAUGGUGUGGACUUAAUCGCAAGAAGGGGGAGAAAAGCUAACCUGAUGGAGCAACUAUUUGGCACUAGUGCCAGCAGUGCCAUUUCCGCAAGGGGCAGCGACCCAGGCUCUCUGCCUACCAGCAGAGGGGACUGUGACCCUCUGAAUUUUUGCACAGGUGAGAAACACAGCAGGGUUAGAGAACAGGAUGAAAAUGAAGACUUCCUCCUUGGUGAAGGAAGAAAUUUUAAUCCAAAUAGACACCGAUUGAAACAUGCAAAUAAUAAGCCAACGCUGAAAGCAUUUGAUUAUGUAGAAGAUGAAAUUGAAAAUGACUGACUAUAUGGUUUUCAGUUGUAAAUAUUAAAAUAUUUUAAUACAGUAUUUAUUAUAAACCUCUAGACUUUGAAUAUUACACAUUUCUUAUUGAGGAAUGAUUUUUGUAGCUAAGUUACAGUGCAAUUAAAAAGUAGAUCAUAUUGACCCACAUCGCUAGUUUGAGAGAAUACCAGGGGCUCUUUUGAAUGAAACCAAAAAUAGAGAUGUCUCUAACAUGGUUUUGACUUUAUGGUUUUACCUCUUACACCAGCUCUGUAGGAAGUUUGACUUCCCUGAAAGUCACUAUUUAUUAUUGUUCAGAUUUUCACUGAGCUAACUGUUCUUUUCUCAUUGACUGUCGAGUGGAAUUGAACGGAGCAAAUCUGUGGUGGGGAGUCUGGACCCUUACUUUAUGGACUGGGACGAAGUCCCUGUCCUGGGAGGCAAGGCUGAGCUGCUCAGGAAUGACAGCGGUGACUCAUUCCUCUGCGAGUACCCACAGUUCACACCACUCACUCUCAAUCUCAUCUCUGAAGCUGCUCGCCUGCAGCACUGUGAGCACCUCAGGCUGGUCUCAGAUGCCUUUUUGUUUGUGUGGAUUGUCUCCUUGCUGCGACUCCUGGUGUGAUUCCUGUCCUUACUCUAAAACAUUCUUAGUAUCUCAAUGGCUGAAUGUAAGACUUCAUACCAAAUGACAAGCCAUUGAAGAAAUUGCAUCUCAGUAGAGAAAGAUUUUCAACCCUAUUAUGUUUCCAAGGUAGCAGCAUACUUUGAUCAAAGUGUUUAAGAGUUGGGGGUUCUGCCCUACUGGGUAAGGCAGAUAAUUUUCUCUUGAAAUGCACUGGUUUCCUUUCAGCUAUUUGUAGUUCACUUCAGCUGCAAAGGAAUGUGUGGGAUAUGGCUGGUCUUGAAGAAGCAAUAAUGUGCCACCAGCCAACGAGUAAGCACUGUUGAAUCAAGAGUGACAGCACUUGUCCAGAAGAAGGAAAGCCUAGAGUUGGCACUUUAGAAUACUAAGAGGAGUUGUUUGAACUGGCUGUUUUUGCUCAUGGUUGGAUUUCUGAUGCUAAUCAUAUAUCCUGAUGAGGGGCAAGAGUUGGUAUUUUAUCUGCAUUCCUUUAAAUGCUUAUUAAUGAAUCUCAUUUCAUGGCCAGUUGAUAAGACUUACCUGGUCAGACCUCUGAUUAACAUAUAUAUCACUUGUCAUCUAUUAAAUGGUGUUCUUGUCAUUUAUUAGGAAUAGAAUCUCCCCAGAGUGUUAAAGUGUUACUGAGAAGUUUUGACAGCUAUAUAAAUAUUUGCUAUAGCAAAUCAUUUGAAUAUAUGUAAACAUAUUAUUUGUAAUGCAGUAUGUACUAAAAUAAUUAUGUAUUGUUAAUUUGUUCAUAGAUGCUUUUUUUGCUGCAAGUGUUCUAAUUUUAGGUAUUUUUUAAUUAAAAGCUUUUUAGGAAAAAAAUAUCCAGAUCAAUUAUUCUCAUGCUUUUGUCUACCUAUGGUCUCCUUAACUGAUGUAACAAGACAGAAUUAUUAAAAUUAAACCUAAAAUUAAUUCACAAGCUGAAAAGCAUUAUUUUGUUAAGUUUGAAAAUUUGAGUUUAUAAUGUAGAGAAUGGGUUUUUUAAUGAACAAUGCUUACAGAUGAACCUUAAAAAGUGAACCAUUUUUUUCUAAAUGGCAAAUUAAAUUUAUUUGUACUCAGAGCUCUUAUUAAUAAAUCUUUAAAACACAA